GCAGCUUUACAACGAUCGUCAGCAAAGGCUAAUGGAGUUGCAGUGUGUGCCGGAUUUGGAUGAGCAAAUGAAACAGAUCGAUAUCAAUAUUGUCAAUGAACUUGAUAAGGUAUGCGCUUUAAAAUUUUAUUACUUGUUAAGAAAUCAAACAACGCUGUGGUAG